GGUGUUUUUCCACUAGACACCAGUCAGACGCACCAGUGGGGUUUAAUAAGGUUUAAUAAGAUUCCUUUGGGUUAGUGCAGUGUCAUCAUUGCCACCUCCUUGGUGUUUGUGUCGAUAGGACAGUGCUUUCCAGAGCCGUCAUUAAUCAGGCAAGAUGAUGAACUAAGAGCCAUGCGAUUACCGUAAGCACUGUAAAGAAAUGCAAUGUCAUAUAAGGAAACAAAAAGUAAUAUCAGUCUAAUUAUUGUUUAAAUCCGACCAAUAGGCCAUGUUACUUUCGAUAGCUAUGUUCUAGCCUAAGUUAUAAUUUAUCCAAACAGCCUACUCACCGCGGAGGUGAACGUUAGGUCUGUUUUAUGGGUGAAACUUUGUGUGAACAUGCCAAAGGGUCAAAGGGUGACUUGAACAGCGGAGUUCCCCUCGGCUAUAUUUAGAACAGGACAACCGCUCGCAGUCUAGGCAUACCAAAGCCGCAGUGCAGGCGUGAAAUCGAUGCAUGUAGCCUACAGAUGAACCAUAGUGCAUACAAACCUUAAAGAAAUAACGCUGAUUACAACUAUUCAAUUGGACUUUGGAUCGUUCAGCUUUUUGUAUGAAAGAGCCAGUAGAGGCAACUUUGUUGUUUAAUUGUUGUCAAAUGCACCCGAGAUGAAUGACUAUUAAUGUAAUAUGAUAGGCUUUUGCUCUUCAUAUUUGCAAUGAGAUCGAAGUUAACGUAGCCCUAUAACUCCAAAUUGAAAUGAGUGUUUAUUAUGUUAAAUAUUUAAUAGGCCUAACGUAUUCCUAUUAUUAUUAAUGGUAUUAUAGUUGUUGUUAUAAUAACUAAUCAUUAUAAUAUUAUAUAAUAUUAUAAUAAUAAUUGUUAUAUCUAUUUGACUUAUUCACUCAUAUAAGAUAGUGUACUGUCUAACCCAGGCUCGAGGUAGGUCUUAUUUACAUUUGGAUUGUGAGCACGUGUGAACGCCUAUAGUCUCUUUGUCCACGGCUGGUACCCCUCCGCGCGUCGCUAGUUACGACGCUCAGGCGGCUGCAGGAGCAUCUCCUCUCCUCCUUGUAAAGGCGCCACUGAAAGAAGAUACAAAUCUGCCAUAUCAUAUUGCAUCUUACACGGGGGGACGUCACAAGACGCGAGGCCAACUUCUGCCUAUUCGAAAUGGGCAGUGUGGUGGUGGGCACUGAAACACACACACACGCGCGCGCAAGCGAGCGUACACACGCCCUCGUAGCCGUAGACUCCCGUAGCCACGCAACCGCCGCUCACGUAAAAGAGGAGAGAAUGCAUCUUUCUUUUAAGGGUGUGUGUCUCAGUGUUUCCCCCUCGAGUUCCUGCCUUGGGGCGAUGCCAUGGUGGUUUCUUUCAGAGGAAGGCGGUUUUAUAAUUUCUUAGCGGUUUUUAGGGGUUGGUCAGUAGCAUCGCUGGUGCUGAGGAGACCCAUGCUGUGUGGUUGUUCGCUGUCAAUACAAACAUGUCCCCGGCAUCCGAGGCAUCCGCGGCCAGCGAGAGCAGCAACACCGACACAGUCCCCGAGGAAGAACCCACGGCGGAAAACCCACGAGAGGAGCAGUGGCCCGUGAAGCAGUCUCUCGCCAAGUCCUUCUGCCGCGAGAGCCACUGGAAGUGCCUGCUGCUGUCGGCGCUGAUCUACGGCUGCGUGGGCACGGUGGCGUGGUGCAAGGGCCGCCCGCCGCUGCUCCGCGACCCCAGCCCCUGCUCCCACGGCUACCUCUCCAUCCCCCUGGCCUUCCUGCUCAUGCUCUACGUGGUGUACCUGGUGGAGUGCUGGCACUGCCGCGCCCGUGACCGCCUUCAGUGCCGCGCCGACGCCGACAGCGCCGGCCAGCGCGUGCUCCGCAUGCAGCGGGCCACGCCCUGCGUCUGGUGGAAGGCCAUCAGCUACCACUACGUCCGCCGCACGCGCCAGGUCAUGCGCUACCGCAACGGCGACGCCUACACCACCACGCAGGUGUACCACGAGCGGGUCAACACGCACGUGGCCGAGGCCGAGUUCGACUACGGCGACUGCGGCGUGAGGGACGUGUCCAAGAGCCUGCUGGGGCUGCGGGGCGUGGCCGCCGCCCGGCUGCGCUUCACCAAGUGCUUCAGCUUCGCCAACGUGGCGUCGGAGAACUCGUACCUGACGCAGCGCGGCUGCUUCUUCGCCGACAACGAGGGCCUGGACGACUACAUGGAGGCCCGCGAGGGCAUGCACCUGAGGAACGUGGACUUCAAGGAGCACAUGCUGGUGUUCUCCGACCCCGACCGGCUGCCCUGGUACGCGGCCAGCGCCACCUUCUGGGCGGCGGCCGCCUGCACCCUGUCCUGGCCGCUGCGCGUGCUGACGGAGCACCGCACCGCCAGCGUCCACUACCACGUGGAGAAGCUGUUUGGCUUGGACUCGGCCGGAGCGGGGGCGGCGACGCCCUCCGACGCCGGGGAGCGGCCGUUGGGUCGCGGCGUCCCCCGGGUCAACACGGUGGACAGCACGGAGCUGGAGUGGCACAUCCGCUCCAACCAGGGCCUGGUGCCCAGCUACUCGGAGGCCGUCCUUAUGGACCUGGCCCAGCUGUCGGGGAGCCGCGACAGCUACUCGGCGUGCGACGGCGGCGGCGGCGGAAACAACAGCAGAAGAGGCUCCCGGCACAACUGCGACCGCUGCCACCGCGCCGUCAGCAGCUCGUCCAUCUUCUCGCGCAGCGCGCUGAGCGUGUGCACCCGGGCCAGCCCGCGCCUCCCCUGCAGCGCCAGCCGCUUCUCCCUGGGCCGCCUGUACGGCUCGCGGCCCAGCUGCCUGGGGCUGAGCAGCGGCAGCCUGGGGGAGCCGCGGCCCGGCGGAAGCCUGCGCUGUCUUUGCGACGCGCAGCGGCGGGGAUGCGGCGGCGGCGUGACCGACGAGGCCGCACCACCCCCGGACUACCAGGACGCCCUGUGCUUCCCCGUGCUCAUCGUGCACCGCGGGGAGGGUUGCCCGGGGCACGAGCAGCACGCCCUGAACAGGAACGGCGCCUGCGUAGAGACCUCCAUUUGACCCCAAUGCCCCAACCCCCUCUGCUGCUUACUGCCCCGUCCCGCUGAGCAAAGGAACAAUGGGAUGGCGAGCUUGCUCGUAUUGUUUUUAUACCUGGCUUGCCUUUCCCCUUUCAGCCAAUACAGGGUGAGGAAGGCCCCACUGGACUGGGCCUGGAUGGACCUGCAGAUCUCCCAUGUAUUUGGUUUACUCCAAUGUUUGUUUAAUUCCAAAGCGGUUAUGAAGGACAUAAGGGUCGUUGCAGCAGCACAGCAGUACAGUACACGAAUGAGUCAGCUUUACAUUGUAGUUAUGAUGCUCUGAGAAGGGCUGCGAUCUACUCCAUACUGUAAAUAGAGCACAGCUUCUCGUCCGUCUUAAGUUUGAGUAACCAAAGUGACCUGCGACCUCUGUCUAGUGAUGUCAAGCAUCAAAUCAUGAAUCAAUAGCUACAAUGUUUAGUAUUCUUUUUCAUUUGAGUCAUUUCAGUCACUCAAGUGUAAGUCAUUAUAAUAAUUAAUUCAUUAUAAUAAAACAUUUAUAGUUUCAAAGUCA